AUGAAUUCAUCAUCUUUGAGUGUAAGUGGAAUUACUGAUAGAGCUUAAAUUAUCAAUAAUAAAGAAAUAUUAGAGUAAUUUGAAAAUGGAGGUAGCAUAAUAUAUCAAAUUAUAAUAGAAAAAAUUAUGCUGUCUACUUUAAUCAUCAAAGUUAAUCAGAAUUAAAAAAAAUAAGAAAGAAUAUUCUUAAUAACCAAUAAAUAUGUAUACAACAUUGUUCCAAAGUCUGAAAGCAUGAUUAUGUAAAUCUUUGGUAAUUUUUAUUGUUUAUUUCAUUUAUAUAGGAAAAAUUAUGUCAAAUCAGAAAAUUAAAAGAAAAAUCAAGCUUUCUUCCAUUUAAGCAGUAAGUGUUACUAGUAUUGGAGCCGAAUUUGUGAUCCAUGUUCCCAGCGAAUAUGAUUAUCGUUUCUAAUCUAGUGAUUUGUAAUGAGUCUGUGUAAAAUUAGUCGUAAAUAAAUCCUAGAAACCUUAUGUUAAUGUUUUUAGAUGACUAAUUAAAGAAAACUGCCAUUCUACUUUAAAGAUGAUUUUACAUUAGUAUCUGUCUGCACAACUGAAAAUGAUAUAAAAAAAGGGAUUAAAAGAUAAUAGCUUGAUAAACCUAUAGUAUAUUUUAAUAUUUAAUUUUUUAGGAAUUAGAUGUAAAUGAAUUUAGAGAAUAUAGUAAUAGAAAACCAUAAGAAUAAUUAAUAUAUAAAAGACCUGGUCUUUAAAAGUAAUUCAGCAGUGUUUCUAUUUCUAUUGAAGAGUUUGAUUUGAUUAAAGUGUUAGGUAGAGGAGCAUUUGGAAAAGUACUCAUAUUUGUACCCUAUUUUUAUCUAGGUUAUGAUGUGUGAAAAGAAAGAUAGCAAAGAAUUAUUCGCAAUUAAAUCAUUACGUAAAGAGCACAUUUUGGAUAAGAAUUAAGUGGAACAUACUAAAGCAGAAAGAAAGUUAUUAGAAGAAAUUGAUAAUCCUUUUUUAAUUUCUCUUGAAUAUGCAUUCUAAACUCAAGAAAAAUUGUUUUUUGUAAUGAGAUUCAUGAGAGGAGGUGAAUUGUUUAAACAUUUAAGAGAUAAAAGAAGAUUCACAGAAUAAACAGCUCAAUUUUAUGCUGCUUAAAUUUUAUUAGCUCUAGAAUAUUUACAUAAAAUGUAGGUUGUAUACAGAGAUUUGAAACCUGAAAAUAUUUUAAUGGAUGAAUUUGGAUAUGUCAAAAUGACUGAUUAUGGAUUAGCUAAAUUUUUAAAGCCAGGAGAGUUCACCUAUUCUUUUGUUGGAACUCCUGAAUAUUUAGCUCCAGAAAUCAUUAGAUAAAAUGGACAUGGUUCUGAUGUAGAUUGGUGGUCUUUUGGAAUUUUAAUUUAUGAAAUGUUAGUAGGAAGACCACCUUUCUUUUCAUAAAAUUAAUCCUAAUUAUUUAAAUCAAUUGUUGAAUCUGAUGUAGUGUUUCCAUCUCAAUUGACUCUGAGUAAUCAAGUCAAAGAUCUCAUAACUUAAGUAAAUUUUAUAUUUUAAAAAAGUUAUUAACAAAAAAUCCUUUUGAAAGAUUAGGUCAUAAUCGAGAUGCUUAAUAAAUCAAAGAACAUCCUUGGUUUAAAGAUUAUCCAUUCCAGGAUCUAAUUGAUAGAAAAGUUUAAGCUCCUAUUAUUCCUAAAUUAUAUGAUAAAUUAGAUGUACAAAACUUUGAUUAGGAAUUCACUAGAGAAGGUAUUUUAAUAAAAAUGAAAACUUUUAGAGGCUAUGAAUUCUGUUGUUAAUAUGGAUCCUAAAUUAAUAGAAAAGUUUAAACAAGACUUUGGAGGUGUCACCUAUGUUCCGAAUAACAAUGGACUAUAAUGAAC